AUGGCAAUGUUCAGCUCCUCUCCUGGCGUCGACUCGUCAGACUUCGUUUGCUGGGUUUCCAUCAGCUGGCUUGUCCGGUCGGGCUGGGGGCGACGACACAGAAGGGACCGCCGCUGGCGGUUGAGCCGCCAGCUUUCGGAAAUACACGAACUUGAUUCACGAGUAGAAGCGGACCCAGCUGAACACGGCGAUGACGCCUGGGAAAUGGAUGUCCUGACAACAAUUGCGAUCUGUCUGGCUGUGUCUCUGAGUAUGCUCUUAGUUGCGUGCGUCGCCUGCUUUCGAGUGGUAAGAAAACGUAUGCGCAGGAAGCGGGAAAAUGACACCAUCCCUGUGAUAAUCCUUCCGGAUCCGUUUGAAAACAAGACAGUAUCGCGAGAACUCUUUAAAGAUGAAUCUUCGGAAGUCGAAAGCUACAAAGCAUUGGUCGUCGUUCCACAGAAGUCUCAGAUCGACAUACACAGGGCCAACGAGGUCGCAUCCGUACAGACGAAGAUUCCACGUACGCAAAGCAUGAGCUGUCUAGAAAGCUUAAAUGUACCGCCAGAUUUCAGAAAAGUGUCUGAACAUUCAUCGCACAGGUUGAAUCAGACCGUCCCGUCACACGAAGAUCUAUCACGACUAGGCAGCUGCAACAGCACCACCUUGCACGUCCCGACCUUUGAAGACUUGGACAGAAUCGCGUCUCACAAUUAUUCUCAAGAAGCCUUUCUGAGAGCUCAGUCGACUUUGGAUCUCCGCAAACCGUCUUCCUGCUCCAUGACUCGGAGUGCGUCUUCCAUAGACGUGUCCUCCUCUUCUUCCUCACUCGUCAGCCACGAUUGCGAAACCUACGUCAUGUUCAGUCUGAACUAUAACAGUAACAAAGAGUUACUGACCAUGCAGCUGAACGCCAUUGCCGGUGUCCCGAGUAAACUGGAGGGGAGUUAUAUCACGGUGGUCACGUAUCUCUUCCCGAAGGAGACCACAGGAAUCCAGUGCAAGGCGGCCGCGGCAGAGGAGACCGUUCUACUGCACGUGACCUACACUUUCUCGAACGUGACCAGCGAGGAGCUCGAAUCGUGCACGCUGCGGGUCAGCGUCUUCUACUACAACAAGAAGAAACACGUCAAGAGUCACCUGAUCGGAGAAGCGUUCCUCGAGGUCGGCGCCGUAGACUGGUCGAUGGCGCAGGACCAGCACUUCAACCUCCAGCUUCAGACAAAAAGAGUCAAACGGCGUUCAACACCUGAGAAAUAUUUGGCACAAAGUCUUGGUGAGCUUUUCGUUCUCCUGCAAUAUCAGGCUGCUGCCAACAGACUGAAGGUUCUCAUUCGAAAAGCAGCAAACUUGCCGAAAUCCGACAAAAUUCUCGGACAGCCAGUACAUUACGUUCAGAUAAAUCUUAAGCGAGACCAAGAGACCCUGACGUCCCAGGAAACUAAACCACAGAGCGGAACCUCACCUGUCUGGAACCAGCCAUUUCUCUUUGACAUUCCCUCCAGUCUCGUGGAUUCCAUCACCCUAGAGUUCGUCAUCAUGCGCGGCAAACUGCAUACCAAAGAUGGCGUCGUUGGUCACGUGGUCAUCGGACCAUACGGCCCCAGGAGCGGCGUCAACCAUUGGAAGGACAUUUUGAAAUCCUGGGGUCUGGAGACCGCUAGAUGGCACAACGUUAUGCCAGUGUUCAAAUAUGUUGAUGUCCCUACACGACGCUCUUCGUCUGAGUGGAAAGAAAUCCAAGAUGAUCUUAGACUUAGUUAA